AUGUUAUUGACUGCAUUGACUGUUCUAAGAAGGUCUCGCCCUGCCCCACGUGCUGCUCCAGUGCGGAACCCUCCGCAGCCAGCAAGGCAGGCUCCUCCUCCAGCUCCCACCCAGAGCGGUGGUGGCUCUAUCCUGGGAGGAAUUGGGUCCACUAUUGCUCAAGGCAUGGCUUUCGGUACUGGCAGUGCCAUGGCACACAGGGCAGUUGAUGCUGUAAUGGGUCCGCGGACCAUUCAGCAUGAAACCGUUGUCUCUGAGGCCGCUGCCUCUGUCACCCCAAUGGGCAACGCCGCUGCAUCCGACUCAUGCAGCAUCCAUUCCAAGGCCUUCCAAGACUGCAUCAACAACUAUGGAAGUGACAUCAGCAAGUGCCAAUUCUACCUGGAUAUGCUGAACGAGUGCCGCCGUGGUGGUGCAACUGCUUAAGCUGAUGGCCGGUUGGAAUUUUUAUUAAUUGGGCCUCGCUUUACUCUCAUGAUUACAUGAAUAACUUGGCAAAUUUGUGAACUUGUGCCACUACUUAUGGCUGUACUCUGAUUAUCAUUGGUACGCUUGGGUUUGUGGUAUCGUAUGUUGUCUUGGGAGUAGUACAUUCUACUAUCCUAAAUUUCAAGAACUGCCGCCAUGGCUCUGGGUGUCAAAUAUUUGAAAUUAAACAUGAUGUUACUCUUUGAGUAUGGUUUCAUG